CUCCCCUCUGCAGGUGUUCUGGGGCGCGCAGGUCCUCAUCAGGGGUGCCGCGCGUUGCAUGGUGCGGGGAUGAGAUGGCCCCGGCGCCGUGAGCAGGGCGUGAGAGCGAGCAGUGCGGGAGCGCGGAGGCCGGGGAGAGGGCGGGGAGACCGAGCUCCGAGCGCGCCAGGCAGCGCACACCCACUCGCAGCCGGAGGCGCUCGGAGGCAGCAGCUCGGCCUCGCCCUUGGCCAAACCCAAGGGUCCGCCCAGCCCAGCCCGGCUCCCGGCCGGCCCCGGACCAUGGAGGAUUCCCGGGAGACAUCUCCGUCCUCCAACAACUCUGAGGAGCUGAGCUCUGCCCUGCGGCUGUCCAAGGGCAUGUCCAUCUUCCUCGACAUACUGAGGAGAGCAGAUAAAAAUGAUGAUGGAAAGUUGUCCUUUGAAGAAUUCAAAGCCUACUUUGCAGAUGGUGUUCUCAGUGGAGAAGAAUUACAUGAGCUCUUCCACACCAUCGACACCCAUAACACAAACAAUCUUGACACAGAAGAACUAUGUGAGUAUUUUUCUCAGCAUUUGGGCGAGUAUGAGAAUGUACUAGCAGCACUUGAAGAUCUCAAUCUUUCCAUCCUGAAGGCAAUGGGGAAAACAAAGAAAGACUACCAAGAGGCCUCCAAUUUGGAACAAUUUGUAACUCGGUUUUUACUGAAGGAGACCAUGAAUCAGUUGCAAUCUCUCCAGAAUUCUUUGGAAUGUGCUAUGGAAACUACGGAAGAGCAAACUCGCCAAGAAAGGCAAGGGCCAACCAAGCCUGAAGUGCUAUCCAUUCAGUGGCCUGGAAAACGAUCAAACCGCCGGGUCCAGAGGCACAACAGCUUUUCCCCGAACAGCCCUCAGUUCAAUGUCACUGGUCCAGGCUUAUCAGAAGAAGACAAUCAGUGGAUGACCCAGAUAAACAGACUCCAGAAAUUAAUUGAUCGACUGGAAAAGAAGGACCUCAAACUUGAACCACUGGAUGAAGAAGUCAUCGAAGGGAACACUAAAUCUCACGUCAUGCUGGUGCAGCGCCAGAUGUCGGUGAUAGAAGAGGAGCUGGAAGAAUUCCAACUUGCCCUGAAGCACUACGUGGAGAGUGCCUCCUCCCAGAGUGGAUGCCUGCGCAUUUCUAUACAGAAGCAUUCGAAUGAAUCUCGCUACAUGAUUUAUGAGUUCUGGGAGAACAGUAGCGUAUGGAACAGCCACCUCCAGACGAAUUAUAGCAAGACAUUCCAAAGAAGUAACGUGGAUUUCUUGGAAACUCCAGAGCUCACCUCUACUAUGCUUGUUCCUGCGUCAUGGUGGAUCCUGAACAACAACUAGAUUUCCCUAGACAAUUUUUCCCAAGUACAAAACAAGUGUUCUUAUCUAAAAUGUCAAACAGAAAUUUUUGCUGUGGUUGUUUAUCAACUGUGGAUUAUCGUUUCAUGCAUUUACUCUAUGUGCACUGCUCUAAACUGCAGCCUGUAUCUUUACCAGUUACGUGAAUUGAUCUGUUAUCCUCAGUAUUUGAAGCUCAUGGUGUUGCUACAUUGUAACCAAUCUAAAACCAUCAGGUAACAAAUUCCUAGUAUGUGAUAAAAGCACACGCAUAAAGUAAUAACAUUGUGCAAAAGAACUGUUAUGAUAAAAAUAUUUAAACUGGGAACUUUUAGAAUAGGACUUUUGUCCUAUUAUGUAGGACAGGUUUUGUAGACCGCCACAUACAAAGGGUAAAUCGGUGUAUUGUGAUUUUAAGUAAUUUUUGGUGUGUGAUCCUAUCGCUAUUCUCUACUGAGUACUGAGGCAUAAAACAGUCUUGCCUGUAACCUAUCUCUACCCAUCUCGAGGGUUUUAACCUGAGUUUUCAAAAGUGAGAAGUCUGUGGCAAGUUGGUGCGCCAGUUAGUCAUGUAUACCAUUGUAUGAUCUGUUAGCGCCUAAUUCCCCUGUGUGUGUUAAACAUCUGGAGAAGAGCGUUUCACUUCAGGAAAAUCUGGCUCAAAUUCUAUAGCAUGGAUUCCGUAUGUGUUGAAUAUUAU